UACCGUUAGUGACUAACUAUUUUGUGGAUACCGGUCCAAGUGCUACUUAGUGGUUCAUUCUUUCAAGUACAGUAACCAUCAUCUGCAAACUUCCAGUACGCGCGGUAAUCCCUAAAAGGCCUGACAACCUACUAGGUUUAUUUUCAUCGCGCGUUUCAUGAAGGAACCACCGUUUAAUAGAAAAAUCACCGCGAAACUCGACUAUAAUGGCGGUCAUGCACCUCUUCGUUUUAAUUCACCAUCUAGACCAGCAUCACCAACAAAGCAGCCGGUGCAGUCAUCUCUCUCACCACCAGGCUUCCGUCCGACAGCCAAGGUCAGUUCAAAUGCGACCAGUGCCCGGAGACUGUCAAGUUCGGUUUCAUUGAACAACAUCAACAAAGUAACACACUCUCGACCUGGGUCACCUUCGAAACCAGUUCGAAGUCCUGGUUCUUCCAUAGUCACGAAUCCCGUUAAAGCUCGCGUUACAGCGCGGCCUGCAUCCAAGUCCACUACCACAUCUCCCGUGUCCAGUACAUCUCCUCUAGAGUCGCGUCAGCGAUCAUCCACCACCGUUGCGUCAAAGCUACGACUUCCGCCCCGGCAAGACCGACCACGUAGCGAUAGCGUUGCCCCACAUCAUGCACAGUCUACCUCAGCAUUACGGGGAAAUUCACCAUCGCCCCAAAUUCUGCUCUCUUCCGAACCUCCACUCGUACGUGUUGACCCAGACCGUGUAUCGCCAUCGGCUCCCAUCAAGAUUAAAUCCAAGGUUUCUGGAUUAGCCAAAUCUUACCAUGGUACCGAAACAGAUCCCGCUCGCUCGUUAUCCCCACCAUGGGUUACCACCAGGCCCACUCAUACAAGACCACCCAUACCUUCACUUUCUUCAAGCCUCUCAUUAAACGCACCUCCAAGUCCUCCUAAUUCGACUACGGUGCCAAAUUUCUAUCCCAUAACGACCGCAGCUCCUGCUGCUAAUCCCCAUAGAUAUCCCUCGCCGCGACGCGGUCCCUCACCUACACUCUAUCCAUACCAAACAUUCACUCCACCUGAAAGACCUUCGAAAGCAGCCAGGCAGGUCCUGAAAGCUAAGGUCGACCCUGCUUCCAUUCCUCUUCCUCCACAUUCACCACCAAUAUCCGCAUUAUCUUUAUCUUCAAAGUCGUCUGUAUCUAGAAGUUCACUGUCUAUGGAUCCCUCUCAUGCAAGCGCGUCGACGCUCAACUCUCACAUGAACAAGCGUUCGGAUACUGAAUCUGUUCGAGCCAAUAAUGGCCGUUUCAUUCAGAGCGACCAUGAUGACACAAUUUCGCUUACAACCAGUGCUCGACAAUCUAGCCAAGGUCGGGACAGCGACCCUAACUCUGAAAAAUCAGAGCACAAGGCGAGGGCUGCAGCCAAGUCUGAUCGAAAGAUUGCCGACUUGGAAAUAACGAAUAAAUCAUUGCUUCUUAUCAACGCAUCACUUGAAACUACGAAGAACCGUCAAGCCAAAGAAAUUCGAGACCUCAAGCGAAAACUUCGUGAAUCUCGACUUAUUCUUCCCCCUAGAGCAUUCAGGGCCGUCGAGUCCCUUGCCCACGAAGAAGAAGAAGAAGAAGAAGGGGAUGAUGGUGAUGAUAGUGAGGAGGGUGAGGACGGGCCUGACGAGGCUUACGCAAGGGUGAAGGAUAUGCUAGAGGGUCUCUUAGAAUCAGGCAGGAAAGCCUUGGAAAGGACUUCCGACGAUUUCCGGCAGCACCUCUCUGCCAAAGUCUUGAAUGCCGAUGAAGUCCGCUCAUGGAGAGAUUCAGGGCAGGAAUUUGACACUGUCCUUGAUGACCACGGCAGAGGAGACAAUGCGGAGAUCCAGGUUACAGUCCACCUCUCUCCCUCACACGUUGCUGUGCCUGACAGUGAUGCUGAUGACCUUUCGGAGGACGAGGUCGAACGGCUAACCUUGGAACCAGAUACUCCACCACCCUCCCAUUUGCCUCCAAUCAAGAUUGAUCAUUUAUAAGUUUAUGGUGUCACGUUUAUAACGCUCUACGUCCUGCUAUGCUUCAUUAUGUAGACCUCGGAAAUCAUCUCUUGAUACCCCACAAGCAUUUCACUAACAUCUCGCGUCCCCAUCGCAUUAUCCAAUAUAUUCC